AUGAGUUACAGUGGCAUUGAGGGUGGGAACUGCAGUCCCAUUGGUUACAGCGGCAGCGAGUGUGGGACCUGCAGUCCCAUCGGUUACAGCAGCAUUGAUAGUGGGACCUGCAGUCCCAUCGUUUACAGCAGCAGUGAAGGUGGGAUCUACAGUCCGAUCGGUUACAGCGGCAUUGAGGGUGGGACCUGCAGUCCCAUCGGAUACAGGGGCAGUGAGGGUGGGACCUGCAGUCCCAUCGGUUACAGCAGCAUUGAGGGAGGGACCUACAGUCCCAUCAGUUACAGUGGCAUUGAGGGAGGGACCUGCAGUACGAUCAGUUACAGCGGCAUUGAGGGUGGGACCUGCAGUCCCAUCGAUUACAGCGGCAGUGAGGGUGGGACCUGCAGUCCCAUCAGUUACAGCGGCAUUGAGGGUGGGACCUGCAGACCCAUCAGUUACAGCGACAGUGAGGGUGGGACCUGUAGUCCCAUCGGUUACAGCGGCAGUGAGGGUGGGAUCUGCAGUCCCAUCGGUUAUAGCCACAGCGAGUGUGGGACCUGCAGUCCCAUCGGUUACAGUGGCAUUGAGGGUGGGACCUGCAGUCCCAUCUAUUACAGCGGCAUGGAGGGUGGGACCUGCAGUCCCAUCGGUUACAGCGGCAUUGAGGGAGGGAUCUGUAGUCCCUUCGGUUACAGCAGCAGCGAGUGUGGGACUUGCAGUCCCAUCGAUUACAGCGGCAGUGAAGGUGGAACCUGCAGUACGAUCGGUUACAGCGGCAUUGAGGGUGGGACCUGCAGUCCCAUCGGAUACAGGGGCAGUGAGGGUGGGACCUGCAGUCCCAUCGGUUACAGCGGCAUUGAGGGAGGGACCUGCAGUCCCAUCGGUUACAGCGGCAUUGAGGGUGGGACCUGCAGUCCGAUUGGUUACAGCGGCAGUGAAGGUGGGACCUACAGUCCCAUCGAUUACAGCGGCAGCGGGUGUAGGACCUGCAGUCCCAUUGGUUACAGCAGCAUUGAUGGUAGGACCUGCAGUCCCAUCGUUUACAGCAGCAGUGAAGGUGGGAUCUGCAGUCCGAUCGGUUACAGCGGCCGUGAAGGUGGAAUCCGCAGUCCGAUCGGUUACAGCGGCAUUGAGGGUGAGGCCUGCAGUCCCAUCCAUUACAGCGGCAGUGGGGGUGGAACCUGCAGUCCGAUCGGUUACAGCGGCAUUGAGGUCCCCAUCUGUUACAGCGGCCAUGAAGGUGGGAUCUGCAGUCCGAUCGGUUACAGCGGCACUGAGGGUGGGACCUGCAGUCCCAUCGGUUACAGCGGCAGUGAGGGUGGGACCUGCAGUCCCAUCGGUUACAGCGGCAUUGAGGGUGGGACCUGCAGUCCCAUCGGUUACGGCGGCAUUGAGGGUGGGACCUGCAGUCCCAUCGGUUACAGCGGCACUGAGGGUGGGACCUGCAGUCCCAUCUGUUACAGCGGCAGUGAGGGUGGGCUCUGCAGUCCCAUCGGUUAUAGCCACAGCGAGUGUGGGACCUGCAGUCCCAUCAGUUACAGCGGCAUGGAGGGUGGGAACUGCAGUCCCAUCUGUUACAGCGGCAUGGAGGGUGGGACCUGUAGUCCCAUCAGUUACAGCGGCAUUGAGGGAGGGACCUGUAGUCCCUUUGGUUACAGCGGCAGCGAGUGUGGGACCUGCAGUCCCAUCGGUUACAGCGGCAUUGAGGGAGGAACCUGCAGUCCGAUCGAUUACAGCGGCAGUGAAGGUGGGACCUGCAGUACGAGCGGUUACAGCGGCAUUGAGGAUGGGACCUGCAGUCCCAUCGGAUACAGGGGCAGUGAGGGUGGGACCUGCAGUCCCAUCGGUUACAGCAGCAUUGAGGGAGGGACCUGCAGUCCCAUCAGUUACAGUGGCAUUGAGGGAGGGACCUGCAGUCCCCUUAGUUACAGCGGCAGCGAGGGUCACGUUACCACCAAACUAAAGGCCAUAAGAAUCCGUUAUCUGCAAGUGGUUGACUCUGAUAUGGGAAAUCGACGCCAGAGACUUGACUCUACUCUGAUUAAUCACAGAAGAACGAAGCGAAAGAGGAAACGCUCCUCUGAUGCUAUUGCACAGAAGGACCUGGAGAUUAAAAGACGGCUUCUGCAACAACUAAAUACAUCUGACAAUGAGUUUGUUCAGAUAAUGGGCCGGUUGUCGAGCAAGAUGGACCGUCUGAACUCAAACAUUGAAAUGCUGGUGCAGCAGAUUAUGGGUUCAGGGAACCAUGGUUACAUGCCUCCAUCGUCACCACACACACCCCUCACCAAAACCAGUAUUCCUAUGCGCACACACCCACAAGACCACUUAGGGAGUACGAUCCACCUGCACAUAGCCAGCACAGCACCUCACCUUCACUGUAUGGUGACUACACGCAUUCGUAGCCUAAACUACUAA